CCUGUUGCCCUGGUGACGAGUGGCCCUGCCUCUUGGCGAAGGGCGUGGCUGGGGCUGCUAAACUGCAUCGGCGUUUUUCCAGCCACUGGACCCUAGGUAUCUCGGGCAGAACGGCUGCUCCCCGCACAAAAGGGACGACUGGCCUUGCCAAAGGACUCGGGGCGAGGCGAGGGCCUGGCCGGGGGGUAACGGUGACGUGCUGAGAGGGAAAAGAGAUCGCAGACGGGGAGCCCUCUGCGGGAAGCGAGCCUGCGUGGAAAGGCCGCGCGCCAGAAAAUGAGCUCCAUCCCACACUGCCGUGCCCAGAAAAAUUAUUUUACAGCCUACCUACAUAAAGAAAUUUCGAACCAAAUACUGGAAGAGAUGUCAGAAGAUUCAGAAAAGGAAGACUAUUCAGACAGAACAAUCAGUGAUGAAGAUGAAUCAGAUGAGGAUACCUUGAUGAAAUUUUUAAGUGAAGAUAUCCAUCAGUGUGCACUUUUAACAGCCAACUCUAUUAGUCACCCAUUUUUCCCCCGGACUACACAGAUACUAUUGGAAUAUCAACUAGGCAGAUGGGUGCCACGUCUUCGUGAACCACGAGAUUUAUAUGGUGUCUCUUCCUCUGGUCCGCUGAGUCCAACACGGUGGCCGUACAACUUUGAGGUCAUUGAUGAAAAAGUCCAGCAUAUUGCCAUCCUUACAGGUGUGAGAUGAUAUCUCACUGUGGCUUUGAUUUACAUUUCCCUGAAGAUUAGUGAUGUUGAUAGUACAAUCCUGAUCAAAAUCCCAAGGGCAUUUUUUACAGAAACAGAAAAACAGCUCUAAAAUUUAGCUGGAACCACAAAAGAUCACAAAUAGCCAAAUCAGUCUUAAGAAAGAACAAAGCUGGAUGCAUCACACUUUCUGAUUUCAAAAUAUAUUACAAAGAUACAGCAAUUGAAGUAUGGUACUGGCAUAAAGACAGGCAUAUAGGCCAAUGGAACAGAAUAGAGAGCCCAGAAAUAAAUCCACACAUAUACUGUCAACUGAUCUUUGACAAGAGUGCCUAAAAUAUACAAUGGGGAAAGGAUAGUCUCUUCAACAAAUGUUGUUGAGAAAAUUAGAUAUCCACAUGCAAAAGAAUGAAAUUGAACCCUUAUCUUAUACCAUACAAAAAUAUCAACUCAAAAUGGAUUAAAGACUUAAACAUAAGACCUGAAACUGUAAAACCCCUAGAAGAAAACAUAGGGGAAAAGCUUCAUAACAUUGUUCUUGGCAGUGAUAUCAUGGAUAUGAUACCAAAAGCACAAGCAACAAAAGCAAAAAUAGACAAGUGGGACUACAUCAAACUAAAAAGCUUGUGCAGAGCAAAAGAAACAGUUAACGCAGUGAUGAGACAACCUAUGGAAUGGAAAAAAUGUUUGCAAACCAUAUACCUGAUAAGGGGUCAAUCUCUAAUAUAUAUAAGGAAUUUGUAUAAUUCAAUAGGAAACAAACUAAUAACCAGAUUGAAAAAUGGGCUAAGGACUUGACUAGACGUUUCUCCAAAGAAGACAUACAAACGGCCAACAGGUACAUAUAUUGACUUUUCAUGUGAACUGAUAAAAUCCUUUUGCCCAUUUUGUUGUUGGUUGUACUUUUUGUUUUCUUCUUGAUCUGUAACUGCUCUCUGUAUAUUGAGGAGCUUGGCUUACUAUGUGGUAUAUGUUGUCUACUUUUUUUUCUGUUUGUCAUUUACCUUUUAUCUUUAUCAUGCAGAUAUUUUUAAUUUUUAUGUAAUCACUUGUUUUUCUAUGGCUUUGGGGUUUUGAAAUUCUCAUGUUUCUCUUAACCCUUUUCAAGUUGUAUCUUCUGUGAUUAAAUUUUUUAUCCAUCAAGAAUCCAUUUUGAUGCAAGAAGUGAGCUCUCAAUCCAGUUCUGGUAACUGUCUAUCCAAUUUUUCUAAAAAAAAUUAUUAAAUAAGUUAUUUUUUGUCUACUGAUUGAAAAUGCCACAAUUAUUAUAUACUAAACUCCUAGGUCUAAUUUUGAAUUGUAUUCUAUUAACCUGUCUAUUUAUAUGAUGACUCAAACCCUUUAUUACUAUAGCUUUAAAACUGUAAAUUUUGUUAUAUGGUAAACUUAGUUCCCCAUCAUUCUUUUUUUCUUUUUUUUUAACUUUCCAAUUUCUUGGCUACUUUUAUCUAGUUGUAGUUCAAUAUGGAAUUUAAAAUAAGCUUUCCUUCUUGUCCACAAAUUAAUACUGGUAACUUUAUUGUGAUCACAUUACAUUUAUGGAUUAAUUUAAGGAAGAGUGACAUCUUUACAAUAUUGUAUCUGCCUAGCCAAGAACAAGGUAUGUCUCACUACUUAUUCUAGUUUUUGUUUAUCUCCCUUAGUUUUAAAUUUUUCUCUGCACCUUUUCUAAGUUUUAUUGUUAGGUAUUUUAUUUUGUUGCUAUUUUAAAUAGAAGUUUUAUUACAUAUUAUUUUCUUAACUUGUUUUGUAGAGGAAAGUUAUUAAGUUUUGUGUAUUAAUUUUGGAACUACCCACCUCUUGUUCUAAUUUUUAAAUUAUUGUAUAUGUACUAGUUAUACAAUUAUAUCAUCUAGUAGUAAUGUAAUUAAAUCUCCUCGUUUCCAAUUUUUAAUACCUCAUACUUCUUUUUCUUGACUGAAUGCAUUGACUGGUACUUUCAAAAAAUAUUUAAUAGUUUUGUAUUCAUCUUGUUUCUUGCUUUAAUGGGAAUACUUUUAGUGUUUCCCCUCUAAGCAAACUAUUGACUUCUGGUUUGAAAUAAAUGUGCUUUUGAUUCUAUUAAGGAAGUAUCCAUUUAUGUUACAUUAUUAAGAAACUUGUCCAGGAAUAUUUACUAAAUUUUACUAGAUGCCUUUUCAACAUCUAUGGAGAGAAAGGGUUAUAAUGUUCUCAUUUGAGGUAUUCCUUUGGUGAAUUAUACUAGUAGGUUCCUUAAUGUUGAAACAGCAGUAUAUUAUUGGAAUGAAUGGCAAUUAGUCACUCUGUAUUAUUUUUAGUAUGUUGUUGAAUUCUGCUUGCUAAUAUUUUAUACAAGACUUUUGCUUUAAUAUUCAUAAAUAAGAUAAACUUAUAAUUUUCUAGCUUUUAUACUUCUUUAGGUUUUAGUAUUGAUAUUAUCCAGAAUUCUUUCACUAUGUUGUAAAACUGUUUAAGUAAUACUGUAAUUACCUAUUCUUUUAAAGUUUGAUAGAAUUCCCCUAAAAUGGUCUGGACAUACUUGUUAUUGUGUUUUAGAGAUACAGAGAAUAUUUUUAUUGUAAAUCUCCUGUUUCUUCUUUGUUAGUUCUGUUUAGGUUUUCUAUCUAUUCCAGGGACAGUUUUGGUUAUUUGUAUUUUGCUUGAAAAAUAAUGCUUUUCAUGUAUAAUUUUUAUUUCACUUAUAUAGAUUUAUUCAAAGUAUUCUCUUGUAAUUGUUAUAAUUUCCUUUGAAUAUAUGAGAUUUUUUCCCUCUGUUCUCAUGUUUAACGUUAAGUAUUUGUGCAUUCUUGUUUUCUUCUCUCCUCAUUACGUUAGUGAGAUUUAUCUUGUUAGUUUCUUCAAAGAAUCAGUGUUUGAAUAUAUUUGUUCUGUUAUGCUGUUUUCUAAUUCAUUAA